CCUAUUUGCGUGUUACACGUGAGUAGUACCCACGACAACGUGAUUGAAGUUUGGUGUACCAGAGAGAGAGAGAGAGACCCUCAUUGUACCAAAGUUCUCUCGGGAAUCUUCCGAAACAACGUUGGACGCCCCUCGGAUCGCACGGUGAUCGUUGGAAGAGGAGGGGGUUGUCGGGAGCGAGCGAGACAGAGAGCCAGCCAUCGACCGAGACACAACAUAUCACACACACACACACAUAUAUAUAUAUAUAAACUCGCACACGGCAAUGGCGACGGCAAUAACGAGUCGUUCGGGACACGUCGGCAAGCUGGCCUUGCACCGAACGAUUGCCAGUUUCCGCGACUGGCGACGAGCCGUGGGCUUGUCGCGGCCCGAUACCACCAUUGGCUUGGUACCCACCAUGGGAGCCCUACACGAAGGUCAUUUGGCGUUGGUCCGUCAAGCACGACGCGACAAUGACGUGGUGGUUGCGUCUAUCUUUGUCAAUCCCGCUCAGUUUGGACCGCACGAAGAUCUCGAACGCUAUCCUCGACAACUCGCACAAGAUUCCCGCGUACUGGCGGACUUGGGAGUGGAUCACGUCUUGGCCCCCGAUGCCGACAUGGUGUACGGUCAACAUCACACUACCUACAUUGACCCACAGGCAAGUUUGCGGAAAACGGCCGAAGGUCAAUCCCGCCCGGGCCAUUUCCGGGGCGUGGCCACCAUUGUCACGAAACUCUUCAACAUUGUCCAACCCACCAACGCCUACUUUGGUCAGAAGGACGCCGCUCAGUGUGUACUGAUACGCCGCGUCACGGAGGACCUCAAUUUGGACGUGACCGUGCACGUCCUCGAUACGGUCCGCGACGCGGACGGUCUCGCCCUUUCCUCCCGCAACGCCUACCUGACGGAAUCCGAACGUCGGGCCGCGCCGGUCGUCUACCAAGCCCUGACCAACGCACGCAGUCUCUUUCAGCAACUCGAAAACGAUGACGACGACGGUGGUCGAGAGAACCCGUGUAUCGACCGGGACGCCCUCGUACACGUCGUACGAGCCACGUUGGCGGCUGAACCGUUGGUAUCCGAAAUACAGUACGUGGCAGUGGACUGUAAGGCGACGCUACAACCACUCGAACACGUACAUCUAAAACAAGGAGCCGUUCUAUCCCUGGCGUGCAAAAUCGGCAACGUACGCCUCAUUGACAACAUUAUCUUAUAA